UGCUUCAUCCAGCAAUUUCCCCGUUUUUCCCAUUAUACGAUUUCGUUUCCUCGCCUUCUCUCAGACUGCCACUCACCGAGUCACCGGAGCUUUUCCGAAAGACACUAACAAAGCAAACCCUCCAUCCUUGAAUCAUACUGGGACAAGCAUUUCAUAUUAUUUUGAGUUGGGUGGUUGGCUUGAGACAAAGAUUGGCGCUUUAUGAGUAGGCCAUUGUCUGAUGUGGAGGAUCCAAAAUGCUUUUUUAACUGAAGGGUUGGCUUGAUGGCAUCAUCUGCAAUAAAAUCAGGCACAUUAGUGUCACUACAAGAUAUUUAUCCGUCUUCUCCCUUCUUCAAGCAAGGGGCAUCACUUAGAGUUACUGGAAAGCUACAAGAGUAUUCUGUUGAGACAGCUGUUGCUAUAGUUAUUGAUGGAAAUGCCAACCUGAAGAUCAACACUCAGCACCUAAGGGACCUGAGCUUUCGAGUGGGUUCCUUCUACCAAUUCAUUGGUGAACUCCUUAUCCAGCCUGAUAAUGAGCUGGCUGUUUCAUUUCAGGCUAUAUUGCAAGCACGUGUGGGUAGAAAUGUAGAUGGCAUUGAUCUAAAUCUCUAUCAUCAGUCUCUACAGCUGCUAAGACAGUUUCAAGCUGAUCACUUGAGUACGACCUAAUCCAGGUUCUGGUGUUAAAAAGAUACAACUCGUGAUUUCACCAAGAAAAGUCUCUCUGUAAACUUACUAGAACUCAUGCACUCUUAUCAAAAAUUGGAUUGUCUUUUGGUGCUUAAAUACUUUGAUUUGGAUGUUAUGUUAUUUUAGGAGUAUCUGGAUGUUAAUUUCCCCUGCAGAUCUUUAUCAAUGUUCAUAAAAAUUAGUGC